AUGAGCAGGUCGAUGAUCCGUUCGAGGUUAGGUCCAAGGACCAAUGUACGCGAGAGGCUAGGCCCACGGUCCAAUGUCCACGCCCGCUUGGGCCCACAAGGAAGUAUUCAACCUAGGCUGGGUUGGCAAGGAGCUCGAGUUCGUGUACAACCGCGUAACGAGCGCAAUGAUCGACGCUCGAGGACCAACACACGGCGACAAGCCACAGAGGAAUCCUCACAAGCUCAAUCUCCUAAUCUGCCCCACGGGCAGAGCAACCAAGGGGAUCGACCCUUGGCGGCAGAGGAGGAAGUUAACCAGCGGCGCUCGAGGCAUCGAAGACGUCGACCCGAGCCACCAGCCCUGCGAGCAGAGGAUGUCGAAAAGUUAGUGAAUGACCGACUCCAAAGUCUCCAACUUAAUGGAAGCACAGAGGAGGCCCUGCGCAAGGAAAUUGAUCGAGUCGACUGCUCGCCCUUUACCGAGGAAGUGGAACGAGCUCCGCCGCCAAAGCGGUUCACAAUUCCAUCCAUUACUCCGUUCAAAGGAGACUCUGACCCUGAGAGCCAUUUGAGGCACUUCAAGAGCACCAUGAUCCUGUACAAGGCAGACGACGCCCUGAUGUGCAAAGUGUUCGCGAUGACUUUACGAGGAGCAGCUCAAGACUGGCUCCACACUCUACUGUCCGCGUCGAUAGGUAACUUCAAGGAGUUCGCCCUCAUCUUCACAAAGGAGUACACCUCCUACAAGACAGUUCGAAAGCAUGCAGACCACCUGUUCAACCUGCGCAAGAAGCCAGACGAGUCUCUCCGAGACUACCUCAGACGGUUUAAGGCUGAGAAGGCGAACAUCAUAGGAUGCAAUGACCAAGUUGCAUCCUCAGCUUUCAAGAAGGGCUUGCCAACCGAACACGAGUUGUACCGUGAGCUGGCCAUAACUCCGAGCCAAACCUUGGCAGAAGUCUUCGUGACGACAAAGCGCUACGCACUCUGGGAUGAUAACCGUAUCGCCGCAAAGAAAGCCAACGAGCAGGCUGACCACCCGCCCAGGCAGAUCCUAGCACAAGUGAAUGACAAGCCGUGGGUGAGGAGGCCGCCGCCUCUGAGGGGAGACCCCACUAGGAGGGACACUAGUAAAUACUGCGCAUUCCAUGGGGAGCAUGGUCAUUACACCAACAACUGCAAUGCUUGGAAAAGGCAACUCGAGGAGUUGGUCAGGGAAGGUCAUUGCACGAAGUUUGUCGCGAAGAAGGCCAUCCAGCAGAUCGAGGAUCGUGAUGCAGCUGCCAAGGAACCUUCCCAAAAGGUCAUACGCAUCAACACCAUUCUAGCUUAUUCCAAAGAGUUCGGGCUGACCACUAUGGAGCGAAAGAGAAAAAUCACGCAGGCAACUUGCAUCUCCAAAGUCAUAACUAGCAAUCCAGUCAUUGAAGAUACACCCGUCAUCGGCUUUCAAAAGAAGGACUUGAUCGGGCUUGACCUACCGCAUAAUGAUGCCCUAGUCAUCUACAUCCAAAUUGAACAAGCUGUGAUCGAGCGAGUUCAUGUGGACGAGGGCAGUGCAGCCAACAUCCUGCAACUAUCUGUUAUCCAACAGAUGGGAUUGGAGCCCAAGAUCAACAAACUUGCCAAGUCGCUCAUCGCCUUCAAUGGGGCCACAUCAAUUACUGUGGGAACGAUCGACCUUGACAUCCACUCACACCCGGUGGUCUGCUCGCAAACCUUCAUGGUCAUCGACGAGAUCUCCCCCUAUAACGGAAUCUUGGGCUGA